GGCGGUGGGAAGGGGCUGCGCCUGUCCGGUGAGCGAGGCGGGAGCGCAGGUGGCUUUUCAAGGGAGCGCAGCGCAGAGGAGGGCAUGGCGGCGCUGAAGUUUGCCGGGCUGGACGACACGGACAGCGAGGAGGAGCUGCCGCCAGGCUGGGAGGAGCGCACCACCAAGGACGGCUGGGUCUACUACGCCAAUCAUUUGGAGGAGAGAACUCAAUGGGAUCAUCCAAAAUCUGGGAAACGAAAAAGAGUCGCUGGAGACUUACCGUAUGGAUGGGAACAGGAGACAGAUGAAAAUGGACAAGUCUAUUUUGUGGACCAUAUAAACAAGAGGACCACAUACCUUGAUCCCAGAAUGGCAUUCACCGUGGAAGAUAAUCCCAUGAAAACCAACAUGAAGCAGAAAUAUGAUGGCAACACCACAGCAAUGGAAGUAUUAGAAGGCCGAGAUCUGAGUGGCAAGGUGAUCAUAAUCACAGGAGCAAAUGCAGGAAUAGGUUUCGAAACGGCAAAAUCCUUUGCCCUCCAUGGUGCCCAUGUCAUUUUAGCUUGCCGAAAUACCUUACGAGCUGAUGAGGCCGUGCGCCAGAUCUUGAAAGAAUGGCACAAAGCCAAGGUAGAAGCAAUGACCUUGGAUCUUGAGUCUCUUCAAAGUGUAUGGGAAUUUGCUGAAACCUUCAAAUCCAAGAAUCUAGCUCUCCAUGUGCUAGUCUGCAAUGCUGCUGUUUUAGGUCUUCCUUGGCAAUUAACCGAAGAUGGCCUGGAAAGGACUUUCCAGGUGAAUCAUUUGGGACACUUUUAUCUCAUUCAGCUCCUCAAAGAUGUUCUUUGCCGCUCAGCUCCCGCAAGAAUCGUGAUAGUUUCUUCUGAAUCACACAGAUUCACGGAUAUUAAAGAGAACUCAGGAAAACUUGACUUCAACUUGCUUUCACCAUCGAAGAAAGAUUAUUGGGCUAUGUUGGCCUACAAUAGAUCUAAGCUUUGCAAUAUUCUUCUAUCAAAUGAACUGAAUCGCCGGCUUUCCCCCCAUGGAGUUACCUCAAAUGCACUGCAUCCCGGAAAUAUGAUCUACUCAUCCAUUCAUCACAAUUGGUGGUUGUACACCCUCCUGUUUACACUGGCUCGGCCUUUCACCAAGUCACUGCAACAAGGAGCAGCCACUACUGUCUACUGUGCUGUGGCGGCAGAACUGGAAGGCCUGGGAGGGAUGUAUUUCAACAACUGCUGUCGCUGCGUGCCAUCGCAACAGGCACAGAACGGAACGGAUGCGGCUGCCUUGUGGGAACUCAGCGAGAAGCUGAUUGAGGAAAGAAUUGGCAGGCAGGGCAAGUAAGGAGGAGAAAGACCAGCACAUGCAGAGGAUAGAGAGAUACAUACUGUCAGACAGAGAGGAGGGUGGGGUGGGGUGGGGUGAGGCUGUUGGGGAGGUGGAGAGAAAGAAACGUGCCAAUAUUGGAACUCUUCCAAUCCUAUCAACUAGAAGCUUAGAGCUGCAAAUUAGUUAGCGUUAAACGAAAUGGUAGCAAUCAUGAACAGCAGAAAAACAGACCGGGAGGGAAAUACGAAUGGCACGGGGCUAAUGGAGAGCGUAAUUCUGCUAGGUUUAAUUCUCUCAGCUUUGCUUCCUAUGAUUAGUGUCUGAACUAUUUUUUUUUAAAGAUAGAGAUAAGCUUAAUUCUCUUAGCUUUGUUUCCCAUGAUUACAGUCUGAACUGAUUAAGGAAAAAAGAAAAAAGAUAGAGAAGGAAAUAUCCAACAGAGGCCCUAGAAAAGGUCAGAGAAUAAUUCUGUAAGCAUUUUUGGAAGGAAAAAAAGAAAAGAAAUGGAAGCUGAAUUGCACAUUACAAUUUUGUAAGCAUAAUGCUACUCCCCACUCCGUGCUUUUUUGUUGUUGUUUUCAGUGCACAACUAGGAAAUAAAGUGUGAAGUGCCUGGCAGUAUGUUUUAAAACAGGUACACACACUAGGGAUAUCCCAGCUCCCUGCUAUAGUGGAUGUUUGGUAGCAGGACUAAAAAAAAAAAAAAAUUUUCUGCAAUAGGUUAAAUUGGCCCUGGAGAAGUUUGAUUUCUAUACUGUACUUGCUUGGAAAAAUGAAACACACAUAAGACUUAAAUAAUCCCCUUGGAAUUUCAGUUUGUUAUUUGGAUUCUCCUCUCUAAGGAGAAUAGCCCAUGGCUGGUUUUGCUUUCUGCACUUAAAUGUUCAGUAAAACAAUCCCAAGUAUUAAAUAAUCAAAAAGUCUUCUUGAUAGCAAAUGAAAACCACUUUGCCUCAAAGGAGAAGAUUCUCAAAGUCCAGGUUACACCCAUUAUAGUUAAAUAUAUAUAGUACAAUAUCCAUAAAAUAUGAUAUUAAAAGUUACAUUUGCAAACCAUUCUCUAAAUACUGCAGGGUGAACUCGUUUCUUUACAAACACAUAGGGUGUAAGUAGCCAGAGGGAUUAAAAAUUGAGAAUUUUAAGGAAAGUUGGAUGUACAUCAAAUAUCAUCACCAGUGGCCCAGUUCACUCAGCACUAUGUUCAUUCGGUUUUUCUUUUCUUUUCUUUUUUUUCAGUUUAAAUGUAAUAAAAGAACAUGCUUGAGUACUGUCACCUGAAGAGAAAUAGUUCCUGUGAAUGUCUUAGUUCCUUUUGUUUAUUUUUGUUUAUUUUUUAAGAAAAGAAAACUUGAGGAAAAAUAAAGAAUUCUUCGACACCAUGAAAAUUCACUUUUUUCCCCUUGUUCUAUCCCGAGUUCAUUUGUUUGUAGGUUUUUAUUUUAUUUUUCCCCCAUUGUUUUGUGCUUUGUAGCUUUACUCUUCAUGCCAGGAAAUUGUUGUCAGCCAUCUGCAAACCGGCAUCAUGUUAUCUGCAAUAAAGAAACAAAUAAAAAAAUGGUUAAUUCUACAUUGGGAUUAGUAUGUUCUUAGUGACAUUUUUUCGUUACGUUGGUUGGUUUGACCUUUUACUUCUUCCAAGGCUAUGUUCUCAUUUGCCCUUGACAGGCUGGGAAGAAGAAAAGUGAGUAACAAUCAUUUUCUUAAUGAACAUAAUCAUUAAGAAAUUCAGCAGAUAUAUUCAGGGCUCUUGAUUGCUCCAAGGAAAGAGUUGAAUCUAGUCCAAGGAACCAAUUUUGUCUCUCUCUAGAUUUAACUUAAGGACCAAGUGUUAUCAGAAGCUUUAAGAAAAUACUAUAAGCACACAUUCCUGAUGGCAUCUACAAUACAUUACAUACAUGUGGAGUUACAUUACAUACAUUACAUACAUUCUCCUGGAUAACCAGAGAAAAGGUGUUUUCCUUCUUGUAGGAGAAAAGGGGACAGCUUCUGCUUUUCUCCACAUGAAGAAAAAUUCUUGGACCACUCUUGUAUUUCCUCUGACUGUUGGCAAUUAAGAGGUCAGUCUUCAGAAGAACCUCAUCCGAGAUCUCAUGAAGGCCAGACAAUGGAAAUUAUAAUGAAUUUCCUCCUACAGUUUUAGCCAAAUAAUUUCUUCUUCUGUAAACCUCUGUGGUGACUAGCUCAGUGCUCAUUCCAGCAGUGCAUUAAGCAAGCUUCUUUCUUUACAUGACAGGGAAUAGUGGUACUAUUCCACAUUUU